AUGGCUCCUGAACCCACGAAAGACGACACAAAGGUCGACGACACCACUGAGCUGGGCACCGUGCCCAGCCAUGUGAUCGAAGCCGACCACUAUGGCAUCGACGACGCGUACCUGCGCGCGCCAAAGUUCACCAAGUUCUGGCGCAGUGUUCUUUGGCAGAUGAUCCUGUUUGGAGCGUUGUCUUUCGUCGGCCCCGCCAUGUCCGACGCCAUCUCCAACCUCGGGGGUGGUGGACUCUCCACCCCGUACCUUGCCAACUUGGCAACCUCGCUCAACUAUGCGGCUGGCUGCGUGAUGACCCUCUUCGGAGGACCUCUGAUCAACAAAUUCGGCAUCAAGUGGUCUUGCAUGAUUGCUGCCGUUGCCAUGCCCCUGGCUGGCUCUGCCUACUAUGUCAACGCCAAGUACGGUGUUGAUUGGUACCUUCUCUUCUCUAGACUGAUUGGAGGCUUCACAUCGGGAUUCCUCUACGUCGCCGAGACGACCGCAAUGCUUUCGUACCCGAAGCAAGACGACAGAGGCUUCUAUUUGGGUAUCUGGUCCGCAAUGAGAAACUCUGGCAGUGUUAUGGGAGGUGCAAUCAACUUCUCCACCAACUACUCCGAUAGCACUGCCGGCGGUAUUGCGUGGUCUACGUACCUCAUCUUCGUUGGUUUCGAGUGCACCGGUGUCAUCUGGGCAUUCCUCCUCUCGCCCACCAGGCGCGUACGCCGUAGAGACGGUGCCAAGAUCCCAAUGUCUCCCAGCAUCAGCUGGAAGCAGGAAUUCUCUGCCCUCUGGAAGCACGCACAGCGUCCCAAGACUUGGCUCAUCUUCAUUCCCUCCUUCUACUCGUUCUUCUAUGGUGGAACAAUGGGGACCUAUCUUUCCCUGCAUUUCUCUGUUCGUGCUCGCGCGCUAUCUUCUUUGAUCAUGCGUAAGCAGUCCUCGUACCUGAAGGAUUACCUAGGAAACCAUCUAACAAGCUCCUCAGCCACGAUCACCAUCCCGCUCGUCAUUGCCUACGGAAGGCUUCUGGACAACACCCGUUGGUCCCAGUCAAAGAGAGCAUGGAUCUCCUUUGCCAUGUGGUCCAUUCCUCAGGCAGCCUGCUUCGUCUGGAUUGGCAUUGAGUACGGCAAGUUCGGCCUCUCGAAGCCGGCAUUGGACUACGAAACCCACGGCAGAAGAUGGGCCGAAGCCUACGUCCCCUAUCUCAUCAUCUUCACGACCGGCUACUGGACCCAGCUGUCUCUCUACUGGAUCCUGGGCACCUUCUCUACCGACGUUGCCUCCAGCUCCAGAACCGGCGGCCUCUUCAGAGCGUUCGAAACGGCGGGACAGGCUGUCUCGUACGCCAUCAACACCAACUCCGGCGCCGACCCCAAGGUCGCGUUUAUCGUCAACUGCGCCAUCCUGCUGCUGGCCGUGCCCUGCAUGGUCUUCCUCAUCCGCCUGGUGCCGGAGAAGCCCGCGGAGACGGACAUUGAUGCGGGGGAGCUGGCGGCGAUCGAUGGUGUGCCAUCGGCGGCGGGGCAGACGCGAGAUGACUGA